AAAUAAAUUGGAGGAGAGUGAGUUCCUUACCUGUGUGAAUCAUCCAAACAUUGUUAAGAUGAUUGGGCUUUGCAGGGAGGGAUCCAAUAGAGUGCUUGUUUUAGAGUUUGUUCCUAAUAAGACAUUGACAUAUCAUUUACACGGUGAGUCCUUUUACUCAAAUCAUAAAUAUAAUUUUUAUUUUUUAGUAUGAUUUAUGUCUUUAACAGAUGAAAAGAACAAGACUCUGGACUGGCCAACCAGAAUGAAAAUUGCUUUGGAAUCUGCAAAUGGAUUGCUAUAUUUACAUCAAGACUGUAAAAUUAUACAUCGAGAUAUGAAAGCAGAUAAUAUUCUUCUUGAUAAUAAUUUUAAUGCGAAGGUUGCUGAUUUUUCACUUUCUAAUUUUUUGUCGGAUACUGAUAAAGUUUCCCACAUUACCAGUCUAUUUAGGGGAACUAAUGGGCUAAAAGUAGGAUUGGACAAGCUUUGUACGAGAAUGAUUGUACGAGUCUUGUUGAUCCAAGAUUGAAACAGUAUGAGGAAGAAGAAAUGAUAAGAAUGAUUUAUUGCGCUGCUGCUUCUGUAUAUAAACCUUCAUCUUUUC